GCCGACGUCGUCGCGUUUCGUCCAAGUGGAGUUGCAAACAUCCAGCGAUCAACCAUGUCGACUACAAGCGCUUAUAUGGUUGCGAGUCUGUUAGAAAAGAUGUCAAACAGCGAUACCGAUUUUCGGUAUAUGGCGCUGAAUGAUCUUACCAACGAACUGCAAAAGGAAAACUUCUCUUUGGAGGAUUCUACAGAACAAAAAGUCCUUCGAGCUGUUCUUAAGCUACUAGAAGAUAAGAACGGCGAAGUCCAGAAUCUCGCUGUCAAAUGUCUUGGACCUCUCGUCAGACGUAUUAAGGAAGCCCAAGUGUUGGAGGUCAUUGAUCAGCUUAGUAAUUUCGCCGCGCAGCAGAAGAACGACGAGCUCCGCGGUAUUGCUAGCAUAGGAUUAAAGACAGUCAUUGUGGAAAUCACUCCAAACCGAGCCAGUAAUGUUUGCAAGAGGAUCAUUCCAAGGCUACUUCAACAGCUGGAAAAUCCUGGCGGUUCAUAUGAAGUUUACAUGGAUUCCUUGGAUACGCUAUCAGAGUUGCUGAGUCGUUUCGGAACUCUGAUUCCCUCUGAACAACAAUUGCAAAUUCAAAAAGUCCUUCUACCUUUGCUCAGUCAUCCUCGUCCGGCAGUACGUAAGAGAGCCACAGUGACCAUUGGUCAUCUAGUCGCGCAUAUUUCUGAGCAGCAAUUUGAGUCACUUGUGGAGUUCUUGCUGGAAAAGUUCAACCAGAAUCAGGAUUCGAGCGAUAGAUUGAGGACGCUUGUUCAAACGACUGGUGUUCUAAGCCGAUACAGCGCAAGUAGACUUGGUGCCCAUAUACCGCAAUUUUUGCCAAUCAUCAUAACCCAUGCUUCUUCCGAAGACGCUGAUGAUGAAUUGCGAGAAAUUUGCUUCCAGUCUUUAGAGUCGUUUGUCAUUAGAUGUCCUACCGAGAUCACCCCCUUUGUUGAUCAAAUAAUCGAAUUGGCUCUGACUUAUCUUAAGUACGACCCCAAUUAUGCAGCUGAUGAAGACGAGUCUGAAGAUGAGGAGAUGAAAGACGAUGAGGACGAGGAGGACGAGGAGGAAGAUGACGAGAUUGAGGAUUAUUCUGACGAUGACGAUGACGUUUCAUGGAAGGUGCGCCGAUCUGCAUCCAAAGUCUUAGCCGCUUUGAUCGAGACACGCCACGACUUGCUUUCACAGUUAUAUCAAACAGUUGCGCCUGCAUUGAUUAGCCGAUUCAAGGAAAGAGAGGAAUCUGUUAGAGUGGAUAUCCUUCAAACUUUCAUUGUUCUUCUUCGACAGACAUCUUUGUAUGGUGGUGAUAAUGUUGGUAUUCCCAAGGAGAAGGAUAUCUUCGAUUUCGACAUUGCAAGCGAGCGUAUAGAUGUAUUCUCAGCACGAGCGGCAAGCGCAAACCCCAACAUUGCGAUGAUGGAGACCGAAGAAGGACCAAAGCAACUUUUGCGUAUCUUGGUACCAAGCUUGAGUAAGGCACUUGCUCGUCAACUUGGUUCAAAAUCAACCCAAACGAGGCAAACCGGAUUCUUAUUGUUGAAGGAGCUUGUAACUGUGCUCCGAGGUGGCCUUGAUGACUACUUUGAGCCACUUGUACCUGCUAUUAGGUCUUCGUUGACAGCGACGGUCUCACCUGAUAGUCAUCAUAUUGGAACCAACUCUAACCUCAAGAUUGAAACCUUGUCCUUCUUGCGCAAUUACUUCCGAACCCAUUCGGCUGAAAGCGUUCACCCCUAUCUCGAUCGCUUAUGUCCUGCAGUGAUUCAAGCUGUAUCUGACAAAUUCUAUAAGAUUGUUUCCGAGGCUUUCUUAGUUUGCAUCGAGCUUGUUGGCGUUUUACGACCCGUUCACAGUGACCCUACAUCUGCCUCUGGCUACAAAUUGUCACCUGUCAAAGCAGAGUUCCAACAAUACAUAGACGAGAUUUACAACAUUACGACACGCGUGCUAUCUACCAGUGAUGCUGACCAAGAAGUGAAAGAGCGAGCUAUCAUGUGUCUAGGUGUUCUCUUAUCUCAUGCCGGUGACCAACUUCAAGAUCAAAAGGCUGCUCUCCAAAUGUUGUUGGAUCGACUUCGCAACGAAAUCACGCGUUUGAUCAGUGUUCGAACUUUGACCAUUGUGGCAAGAAGUCCUGUAGUAGACGAAGAGGAGCUGCAAAAUGCCGCUUUAACAUCCAUAGAUCAGGUGGCAGUACUGCUUCGAAAGAGCAAUCGUGUUCUCCGUGUUGCAAGUCUUUACUGCUUGGAAACUCUCACAAGAAGAUUUGGUCAAUCAUACUCUCAGCAGAGUGUGCAGACCAUACUUGCCGAACUCAAACCCUUGAUCAGCGAUGCCGAUUUGCACUUGUUGCCGUUGGCUUUGUCCAACGCCGUUGUGAUUUUAGAAACGAACCCACAGUCAGUAGAGAGCAUCAAAGCAGAAAUACUACCUGCAGUAUUCCAGCUAGUCCAGUCGCCUUUAAUCCAAGGAUCGGCCUUGACAAGUUUACUAAAGCUCUUUGCUGCUAUCGGCAAAGCGAGCCCAAGUGACUACGAUAGUUUGAUCCAACGACUUAUCAACCCAGUUCUUACAGUCAAUAUGCAAGGUGUUGCUGCCGGUGGAGUUGCAGCUGUUUCCAACAAACAUGCAAGCUCAACUAUCUCACAAUGUGUCGCCGUACUGGCCACAAAUACAGACGAGCAGAACAGAGAGAAGACUAUCAAUGAAUUUGAAAACUUUGUUAAGGACCCCUCUACAAAUGACUCUGUCAAAUAUUUGUCACUGUUGACUCUGGGUGAAAUUGGCCGUAAAGCUGACUUGAGUUCACGACCAGAUAUAUACAACACUGUGUUAGAUCUUUUUGGAGCACAAUCGGAGGAAGUCAAAUCUGCAGCAGCAUUUGCAUUGGGUAACAUAAGUAUCGGUAAUGUUGCACAGUACAUUCCUAGAAUUGUAGCGGAGAUCACUGAGCAACCAAAGAAGAAAUAUCUUUUGUUGCACGCCCUCAAAGAGAUCAUCACUCGGUACACUCAUCAAGAGGGUGGGGCUGGUCUCGCCAAUGAAUCAGAGAAGAUCUGGAUACUCCUCUUUGAAAACUGUGAGAGUGAAGGCGAGGAAGGAACGCGCAAUGUUGUCGCCGAAUGCCUUGGAAAACUGACCUUGACAGAUCCUUACAAGUUUUUACCCGAUCUGAAGAAUCGACUCAAUUCCCCAUCUGCACAUAUUCGUGGAACUGUAGUGACAGCUAUCAAGUACACUUUUAUUGAUCAGGCUCAGCACUACGAUGAACUGUUGAAUCCUAUCAUUGUCGAGUUCUUAUCACUCAUCAAGGAUGAAGAUCUAAAUGUUCGCAGACUCUCUCUAUCCACGCUUAACUCAGCUGCUCAUAACAAACCCUAUUUGAUCAGAAACGUUCUAAACACUCUGUUGCCGCUCUUGUAUCAAGAAACCAUGGUGAAGAACGAGCUAAUUCAUUUGGUAGAGAUGGGUCCGUUUAAGCACAAGGUCGACGAUGGUUUGGAAAUACGAAAAUCUGCCUUUGAAUGCAUGUACACCUUGUUAGAAACAUGUCUCGACAAAGUAGACGUCUAUGCUUUCUUGGACCGAGUGAGAGCAGGUCUUGAAGACCAACAUGAGAUCAAGGUCCUUGCUCACUUGAUGAUCAUUCGCCUGGCGCAUGUAGCACCAACUGCCGUAGAUCAAAAAAUAGAUGACAUGAUUGGUCCCUUGAAGGCAACCAUAGAUUUCAAAGUCAAAGGCAACGCUGUUAAGCAAGAAGUUGAAAAGAAUCAAGAACUUGUCCGAUCGGCUUUGCGAGCUGUCGCUGCCCUUUCUAAAUUGGCUGAUGCCGCACCAUCAGCCAGAUUCGUACAAUUUGAAAACGAGAUCAAGAAUGGUCCUUAUGCUGAAGAGUAUAAUAACAUAUGGAACGAUAACGAUGCUAAGGAAAAUCGCGGUGACCUUAUGGACCUGUCUUGAGCACAUCAUUCUUUGAUGUACAUGCAAGACAAGCUAUCGAUAUUGUGAUCAAAAUCAGUCCUUUUUGCGUCUGCCGGCAUAGUCUUCAUACCAUUGAACCAGUAAAUCAUUAAAAAAGCAUGUUCCGGUAUGUCAAAAUUAAGCUUUAAUACUGAAG